AUGAAGAAAAUGCCUUUGUUCAGUAAGUCUCACAAGAAUCCUGCUGAAAUAGUGAAAACUCUCAAGGAAAACAUGUCAUUGCUAGAAAAGCAAGAUAAAAAAACAGAGAAGGUAAUUUUUUUUUUUUUUUCUGGGGCUUAACCUUAAUAACUAUAUAUAUAUGCAAUUUUAUGUUUAUAACCAUCAACCAUAAUAUGUGUAAUUACAAAUAUACAGUGAUAUACAUACAUACAUACAUACAUGUGUGUGUGUGUAUGUACGCAUUGGACACAUUAAGAUACUGGGGGGGAAAGGGAAUGAGACACAUGGAGGGACUGGGGGGAAUGGGAAUGGGACACAUGGAGGGACUGGGGGGAAUGAGAAUGGGGCACAUGGAGGACUGGGGAAACAGGGCACAUGGAGGACUGGGAAUAGAGGACACAUGGAGGGACUGGGGUAGGACACAUGGAGGGAAAGGAUGGGAAUGGACACACUGGGAGGAAGGGGAUGGGAAUGGGACACAUGGAGGAAAGGGGAUGGAAUGGGACACAUGGGUGGACUGGGGAUGGGAAUGGGACACAUGGAGGACUUGGGGGGAUAGGAAUGGGACACAUGGAGGGACUGGGGGUGAUGGGAAUGGGACACAUGGAGGGACUGGGGAAAUGGGACACAUGGAGGGAGGGGUGGAUGGGAAUGGGACACAUGGAUGGACUGGGGGAAUGGGACACAUGGAGGGACUGGGGGGAAUGGGAAUGGGACAUAUGGAGGGAAUGGGACACAUGGAGGGAAUGGGAAUGGGACACAUGGAGGGAAUGGGAAUGGGACACAUGGAGGGAAUGGGAAUGGGACACAUGGAGGGAAUGGGAAUGGGACACAUGGAGGGAAUGGGAAUGGGACACAUGGAGGGACUGGGGGGAAUGGGAAUGGGACACAUGGAGGGACACAUGGAGGGACUGAAUGGGAAUGGGACACAUGGAGGGACUGGGGGAAUGGGAAUUGGACACACAGAGGGAAAGGGAAUGGGACACAUGGAGGGACUGGGGGGAAUGGGAAUGGGACAUGGAGGGAAUGGGACACAUGGAGGGAAUGGGAAUGGGACACAUGGAGGGAAUGGGAAUGGGACACAUGGAGGGAAUGGGAAUGGGACACAUGGAGGGACUGGGGGGAAUGGGAAUGGGACACAUGGAGGGACUGGGGGAAUGGGAAUGGGACACAUGGAAGCACUGGGGGGGAUCGGAAUGGUAAACAUGGAAGGACUGGGGGAAUGGGAAUGGGACACAUGGAAGGACUGAGGGCAAUGGGGAUACAUGGAAGGACUAGGGGGAAUGGGACACAUGGAAGUACUGGGGGAAUGGGAAUGGAACACAUGGAAGGACUGGGGGGAAUGGGAAUGGGACACAUGGAGGGACUGGGGGAAUGGGAAUUGGACACACAGAGGGAAAGGGAAUGGGACACAUGGAGGGACUGGGGGGAAUGGGAAUGGGACAUAUGGAGGGAAUGGGACACAUGGAGGGAAUGGGAAUGGGACACAUGGAGGGAAUGGGAAUGGGACACAUGGAGGGAAUGGGAAUGGGACACAUGGAGGGAAUGGGAAUGGGACACAUGGAGGGAAUGGGAAUGGGACACAUGGAGGGACUGGGGGGAAUGGGAAUGGGACACAUGGAGGGACUGGGGGGAAUGGGAAUGGGACACAUGGAGGGACUGGGGGAAUGGGAAUUGGAUGGGACACAUGGAGGGACUGGGGGGGAUCGGAAUGGGAAACAUGGAAGGACUGGGGGAAUGGGAAUGGGACACAUGGAAGGACUGAGGGCAAUGGGGAUACAUGGAAGGACUGAGGGCAAUGGGGAUACAUGGAAGGACUGAUGGGAAUGGGGACACAUGGAAGGACUGGGGGGAAUGGGAAUGGAACACAUGGAAGGACUGAUGGGAAUGGAACACAUGGAAGGACUGGGGGGAAUGGGACACAUGAAGGGACUGGGGGGGAAAGGGAAUACAACACAUGGAGAGGCUAGGAGGAAAGGGAAUGAGACUUGAAGGGGCUGCUGGAAAAGGAACAAGACAUGUGGAGAGGCUGGGCGAGAGGGAAUGAGACACAUGGAGGGACUGUGUGGGAGGAAUAAAACACUUGGGGGGAUCAGACACAUUUGAAGCGGCCCCAGGGCAAUUAUCCCACCGGGACCUGGGGUGGUUUCUAGUCGUGCGUGCGUUUGUUUUUUUUAAACUUUAAAGAAUGAGUUUAUUGUAAAUCCAGGAGUGCCGGUAUUUUUGCAGCAAGGUGUGUGUGUAAUAUAUAUAUAAUGUAUGUGCUGUGAAGUGUGUGUACAUAUCUUUUAUUUAAAACCAUAAAAAUACUUGAUAGUAAUUAACAGUUUCUUCAUCUGAGUCAUACUAAUGUUCCAAAAUCUGUCAGUCCUAGUUUACAAUUCUAUACAUUCCUCCCUUUCACUACACCCACGGGUUUGUUAUUGUUCAGUACAAUAAGGCUGUCACACAUUAAUCGAAUCACUUGGGGUUUAUGCACUAAACAUUGAAUUGUAGGCAAAGGGUGCUGAUUUGGAAGAAUGUUCUACCUCAACUUAAGUCAGGUUAUAGGUUCUUAGAUUAUGUUAGCCUAAGUUGUGCAGUUAGGUUUUAAAUGCACAAUGAAAACCUUAAUGGCAGCUUCUAAAAAGUUCUCUUUGCUUCAUUCAGUUCUAUAAAAACCAGGUUAGGGGUGAGAUGCGUAUUGUUGUACAUUGAUGUCACCUAACUGAUAUAUUGUGUUGCUGACUGUACUUUAAAGUGCUCAAAGCAUUUAUUGGCUAUUGAAAAUUGAUUACACUAGCUUUGAUAGAUGUGCUAAAUGGUAUUCUUCCCAGCACUGUGUAGCUAGUCUAAGUUGCUGUAGAGAACAUCAAGGGUUUGUGGUUUUCCCUGACCCCAAUCUAGAGUGUUACGCAAUGGAUAUACAUAGCCAAGGUAAUGGGGUUCUUCGGAUUUUAAAUCCGUCAGCAGAUUAAUAAAUAUUCUAACUUCUAUGUAUAUCAGGUUGGCCUUUUUUUUUGUUUGUUUGUUUGCUUUUGUUUACUGUAAUGGUCAGUAUAAACCAUUCAUGUAUCUCCUAUAUAGGCCUCUGAAGAAGUUUCAAAAUCCCUCCAAGCUACAAAGGAGAUUUUAUGCGGUACGGGAGACAAGGAACCCCAGACUGAGACGGUUGCCCUCUUGGCCCAGGAAUUAUAUAACAGUGGUCUGUUGGUGACAUUGAUAGCUAAUCUGCAUCUCAUUGACUUUGAGGUAUGUAUGAUCCCUAGGAGUACAUGUAUCUCGUGUAGGUAGUGUUGGACAAUAUGAAUCUUGUAAAAUAUUGCACUCAGCCUGUCACUCAGUUUUCGCAUUUGUAAAUAAAGAACAUGAUAGGAUUACAUAGAAAUUUUCUUAGCAGAGCCUAAAGACAGGAUAAUUAGGAGGAGCUUGACAAAAUUACUUGUUUUAUAAAGUAAUACCAGAGGUUGGGAAGAGAUACAAAUGGGUAGUUGUGCAAAAGCCUUCCAAACUUUUUGUCGCAACAGUUUGUUUUUUUUAUUUGAAUUUGUAAGCCUUUUCUGACAAAAUAUUUUUUUACACAUUAUUUGUCAUGGAAUAGGUUUGUUUAUAGGCCAUAGUUUGUGUUAUGUUGUGGUGCAUAAUAGAUAGUGAAAUUAAGCAUUAGGGGAUGUCCAGUCUUUAUGGUUAUUUUGCAGUAUCACUACUUUAACAGUACCAAACUAUUCUUAGAAAUGUCUUGAGUGUUCAUGGUUAUCUAGAGAGUUUGCUAAACACGUUGGGUAUAAAUUAUGAUUUAUAGUGUGGAUCAAGUGUUAAAUAAAAUGGAUUAUAGUCAGGUAUAAGAAUGUUAGCAAUUUAGUGUAUGAUAUCUUUAGCUAUUCAGACGCUAUGUAUAGAAAUGUAUCUUCUUUGUAAAGAAGCACCCAAGGGUCACCAUGUGGCAUUCUGGGAGGAGAUGUGUAAUCUGCACGUAUCCAGCAAGCUAAGGAGUGAAGAACACAAUGCCAGAGGAUAUAUGUAUAGAGAUUGAGUGUACUGGGCCUGACCUAGCUAACAAAGCAUCCAACGUUGAAAUCUUGAUUUACGAGAUUAAGAGUUAACAGAUGGUGUUUUAUUAUAGCAAUUAACAUUGGUUUGGAUAGUUGCGCACAGGGCAAGUAUAGAAUAAAGUUGACAGAAAGCAGCAGUGUCAUAUAAGAUGUAACGUCCCUCUGGGUUUUGUGAGGUGGAGUGGAUAUUUAGUAACAACCCUACUCUUUCCUCCAAUUGCACGUCUGUGAGAGACUGGAUGAAUUACUACCUCUGUUGGCAGAGUUGGAUAAAGGGCCUGUUGAGCCUGGAGUUGAACUUUAAUUUCAGCACAUAAACGAUUUCUUAAACCUUGAAAACAUGUCUUUAACCUUUAAAUGUUAUUAUACAAAAGUCAAUAGAAAAUCUUGUGCAGUAAAGCCAAUCUUUUUAAUACUAUUCUGAAAUAUGUUCCAGAGAAAUAGAUCUGAUUACCUCAAUGCUGCCAAUUAUGUGUAACGGACUUAAAACACAUAUGACAUAGUAUUAACCCUCUCGGGGGCCGCUAACAUAAAUGACAAACUCACUCUGCCUUUUUGUAAGUGAUCACAAAGCUCAUGGGGAAAAGUCACUGCCUUUGAACACAGCCCUGGUUGUUUGCUACAUCGGUCUUAUCUCUAUGCCUGUGCAACAGAAAUCACUGGAGAGUGUGCUAUAAUGUGUCUUAAAAAGGGUCUCUGGUAUUUAUUAUUUAUAUAUAUAUAUAAUCUUUAACCAGGGAUAGCUGGGAAGAUUUGUAUGCAACAGGGUAAUUGCACUAUCCCAAACUCUGUUUACUACUAAGCUUUUUAGGCCUUUCUGCUGCCUUUGACACUGUUCAUCACAAAUUCCUUCUAAAAUAGUUUCUAUUCCUUCGUUAUUUAUGAUACUGCCCUGGCUUGUGUUAUACAAUUAUCAUUUUACUUUUUCAUUUCCGUCUGUCUUUGCCCUUCCAUUCUCCUCUCUGUACAGCCCCUCUUUCAGCAGCCUUAUACCGAGGUUUCCAACACCACUGUUUUGUAAAUGGUACUCUCCUCUUCUGCCCUCUUAUUCACUAAUUGCCUUUAUGCCAUCUCUUUGUGGAUAUGCCAAUGCUACCUGAAACUUAAGUGAAUGAAUCAGUGCUUUCUACCUCUAAAAUAUUGCAUGAAUCCAGCUGUUGUCCAUUUGAAAUCAUUGCGGAUCUCUAGAACUAAUAUGCUGUGAUAUAUGUAUCUGUCUCACAGGGGAAGAAGGAUGUGUCCCAGAUAUUCAACAACAUCUUGAGAAGACAGAUUGGCACUCGAAGUCCCACUGUGGAGUAUAUUAGUUCCCAUCAACAUAUCCUCUUUACGCUGCUUAAAGGGUAUGUUUAAUAUAAUAAUCUGGUGCUAUCUCUCUGGGUGUUCGUUUUGGAGUUUGAAAAAAAUGGAUGGUGGUUGUGGUGCUUUAAAAUUUAAAGGGACACUACUGCUCAAAUACAAAAAAAAAGUUCACUAUAUGGUAGAUGUAUGCCCAAUGAAAACAUGCAUGCAUUUAGUUUGGGCUUUUUUUCCCGCUCCAUUGUGAUUAAUCUAAAACAGCUUGUCUGCAGCCUUUGCAAGCCCUCCCAUUUUUCCCCAGUUCAGACUUGUGUAUUGAUUGUGGAUGCCCAAUCACAGACUUUCCAAUGCAGCUCAAUGAAACGUCUUUGAAAGGAAGAUGUUCUGGGGUAAAUUGCUUGCACUUUUAGUGUAGCUCGACUGGGCUCAACUACCAGGAAGUAAAAGAACCGGUGGUCUCAUUGACAGCCAGGGAGUGUAACAAAGUUAAUUUAUAAAAGUGCACAUUUUUAUUAAAAUCAGCAUUUUUGGGGGUAAAAUUUAAAGGAAAUAAAAAGGACAGACUCUUCAUGCACAAUGCAUUUCAGCAAACAGUGGUGCUUCAGGUGUUAAGUGUUCCUUUAACGGUGGAAUCGUGGGCAGAGCCGUGCAGCGCCAAGGGAAAUUAAUCCCUUCACCACGGAGGGCGUCCUUGACAGAGGAGGAAGCUAUAGUGCUAGGAAAAGAAGUUUGUUUUCCUGGCACUAUAGUUUCCCUUUAAUGAAACUCAGAGACAUACACUUAACAGGCAUAGAAAUGUCUUAUGGUUGUGAUUUGGUAUGAAAGCAUAUCAACUGGUAUCUGAGAUGGUGUCAGUCUGUCCUAAAGCCUGCUAAUUGCAGGGUAGACCAGCUUAACACUGUGUUUGAAGUGUAUAAGACUGAGUGAACUGCUUAGGACAGUUAUUACGAAUUAAAUAGAUGUUUCAGAAUCGAUGUAAGUAGGGAUUUUUAAUUGAAAAGAAGAAUUGUUUACACAUUUAACAGUUUAAUGUCAGCGUAUCUGAAAUGGAUCUAGAAGCCACUCAAAAAAGAGGGGGCCCUCAAAAUUUCUAAAACAGUGAAUAGCCAAGCAGACCAGCAAAGUUAACUUUAUGUUUAACCACACUUUGUUCUAUUUUUUAGCUUUGAAAUAACCAAUUUUAAUCUCGUUAGAUUUUCUGUAGCUUAGAAUUGUUAUUUCUUGUUUGUUUCUUUCUUUUUAAACUGUGGUAAACCCAGAACAAUAGCACACUCCAUGGUAUUUGAUUCUGAUUGGUAUUGUUAAAGGAACACUUUAGGAAUAUAAAGGUGUAUGCCUAAAACUAAAGUGUUACUCUGCGUUCCCCCCCCCAGCAAAAAAAGGUUAAAACCCAAGUUGUCGCUCUCCUUAUUCCAGAGCUGAGGUCUCUCGGCACUGGCUCCAUCCCACGUCUUCUGACUCUGCACCGAGGGGGAACUCAAUGCGCAUGCACAGCACAGCGCGAGGAUGUCCAGCAUUGUUUCACGGCUUCAAACUCCAUGAAACCGCAGGAAUCUCCUCUAGUGGCUGGCAAUAUAAUCAUUGCGGUUUUAGAUUAAAGAUUCAAGGGGAAAGGGACAUUGCACCCAGACCACUUCAAUGAGAUGAUGUGGUCUGGGUCCCUAUAAUGUCCUUUAAACAUCGAGUGACUAUAGAGAGUAUAUUUUUACCCUUCAUGAUAUUUUCUCCUAUUAACUUGGCAAUCACUCAAACCUAUAGAAACCUUGAGCCCCCACCCAUAAACAGAACAUUUUGUUAUUAAAGAGUAUAGGGUCCCCAGUGAAAAGUGCAUUUCUAAUUUGCUCAGUCCAUCAUAGUGUUCCAAAACUGGAAAUUAAAAAAAAUGUUGUGAAUCACAGAAAAUAAAUAAUUUCUAUGUGCUUUUCAGUUUGGAUGCUUACAUUGGCUUUAUUGACGUAUUGUGGAGGCCUGCUGGUUUGUAAAACCAGGAACUUCACCUACUGCCCCUAUCAGGGAAUGGAAAACAGAAGUUGAAAGGAAACGUGUAGUUUGUAUAUGGUUUGGGAAUUUUCCGGUCACAAAGGACACCCAGCUAUGUUAUUCUAUUUCUUCAAAUAGUUUCCUGUAGCUAAUAAUUACAUGUUAUCUGCCGGCAUGAAAUUUGCAUAGUGGUAUUUAAAGAUCUCUUCUAAAUGUGUCUAUUUAGAAACAUGCCAAACCUGAAGGCAGAUGAGAGCCAGUUGGCCGAUGCAGUGUGAACAUUUUUCAGAACCUAAUUAUUUGCCUAUUGAGUUUAGAAUUAUUUCGCCAGCCAAGUGGAAUUCUUUGAAUUAACCUUGUGCACUGGAUUGAACAUCUUGCCCUAUUUUUCACUGAAACUCCUAAAUGUUUUAAAAGGGACAUUAUACUCCCCUAGAUGCAUCCUGUCAUUCAAACUGCCCUAACAUGCAAUCAGAACAUCAUUUAGCAGUAACAAACAAGUGAAGAUUUAGGUAAAGCUUAAUAGUGCCAUAUGCACUGCUUUCUGGUGCUUAGUCUUACACCCUUCAAUGGAACUAUUAUAGAUUAAAUUAGUGGUUAAGCAUAUAAUAAACAUUUUAUCUGUUUCCUUGUCCCUUCUUGUUUCAGUAACUGUUCUUCUAUUCUUCAUUUCUGAUCUAUUUCUCUUUAAAAUACAAUACAAAAUAUAUGAAUGUAGCGCUUAUUAAAAAAAAAAAAAGAAAUAGUAAAUCACCUUUUUAAGAUGGCUUAAAUGAAGGAAAUUCGUAUAUCUCAAUUAAAUAUCUGUAAAAGACAAUUUAACAUAGUGCAAAUCAUACAACAAAAUUGAUGAAAGCAAACUGCUAAUAUGUAAACUCACAGACGUGGAGCUGUGGGCCCAGCUCCAGGUUAAUGCGUCUUUGGAUCAGUUUAGGCGAUCCACCCCUAUUAUUGAUAUCAUUUCUUUUUAUUCUACAAAACACAACAAGGGGUACCACCAAUUACGCAGUAUCGUUUAAAUAUAUAAAAAGUGGAAGUAUAAAAUUUUUGAGAGUCAAUACUCACAAUGAUGGAGUCAUAGAGAUAUGACUCAAUUAACCCGCAUUGUGCAGAUCAAGGACUGCACUCCUUCUUUGAUGAGAAGUAAAAACUGGAACCAAUUUCUUAUAGAAAUAAAAGUAACAAUUUUAUUCACUUAUACAUACAAAAUUAAAUGCCUAUAUCAGCUUAAAAAGACCGGAACGCGUUUCAACAAUUUCAAUUGGCUUCCUCAGCCGGAUAAAAAUGAUGCAUCCGGCUGAGGAAACCAAUUGAAAUUGGCAAAACACGUUCCGGUCUUUUUAAGCUGAUAUAGGCAUUUAAUUUAGGUAGGGAUGAGUUUUUCUAUUAUUUUUUUCAUUAUUAUUUUAAUUUUUUUUACAUAUGCUUCAUUUAAAAAAAAAAAAAAAAAUCUAUUUCAUUUCAAAACUUGAUGAAUGGAUUAUUAUAUUUUAAAAAAUAGUUUUAACAUGACGGUUGUCCUGUCCUUUGCACUCGGCAGCCAGUAUAGAGAAAGCAUAUAGAGAAGAAAAGAUUUUAAACAGUGUUUCUGGUUUUCUUCCUCAUUUGAAAUGUUUGCCUGGACUUUGCUUUUUUUGGACGGGAUUAUGUCAUUUGCUAAAAGUUCAAUAUAAAUUUAAAUGAAAAUGGAGCAUUUCUUGAAAUGAAACUGUUAACACGCGUUAUAGGUGAUUUUUGUUGUUAAGUCAGUGUUGUAAAUUCCAGAGACGUGACCGCUCCCCUUUUACCCAAAUUAGGGCAAAUUUUGUGGUCUACUUUAAUCACAGCAGCAACUCAAUGUAUUAGUUUUGGUGCACAGAAUAUAAUUAGUUUAAGCACUACAGCAGUCUGCAAAAAUCGCUGCAGCUAUAAGUUUGCCCCUAUGAACCUGGAGUUAAAGAGAGAUGCAGUUGGGUACUUGGCGUACUGUAAUUACAUGCACACAUACACACUUUGCUCGUCUGUCUUUUAGGAAGUGAUUUAAGAGAACAUGAGAUAUUACAUGAGCUAUUAAUAUGGUUAGUUACAGUGCGGUUUCCCCUGCUGACAGUUACAGAGCGAUGGAAACAUCUCCAGCAAAAUCAGUGUUAAUAUGUAUCAAUUAUUCUAAUAACUGUGAAGUGGUUUUCCUGUUAAUAAGCAUGUACUUUUUUUAAUCUAGGUAUGAAUCCCCCCAAGUUGCCCUGCAUUGUGGAAUCAUGCUUCGGGAAUGUGUCCGUCACGAGCCACUUGCCAAAACUGUAAUUUACUCUGAGCAGUUUGGGGACUUCUUUAAAUAUGUAGAAAUGUCAACAUUCGACAUAGCUUCCGAUGCCUUUGCUACAUUUAAGGUAAAUUAUUUAAUGCCUAGCUCAGUGUUUAUGCAAUUUCAAAUAGCACUCAUACCAAGUUUAUUUUUCUCAAUGCGUCAGAGAAAAGCAGGGAUCCAAGGGAUUGAUUGUUUUUUUCCCAAACACAGAUGCGGCCAUCAGUGGCAAAGUGCUCUCAGCUUCUAUGCAGGAAAAGCCUAACAGUGCAAUUUAAAUGGCAGUGUGCAAAGUAACACUUCAUUAAACAGUAUUGAACAUGCUAUUCUCUAGAAUAGAGUAAACAUUAAACCUCAAUAAGCAGCCGCAUGUCUGCAUCCAUCUCUCUCUACUUAAAAAAAACACUCCAAGCACCAUAACCACUGCAUCCCUAUGUAGUGGUUAUGGUGCCAGUAGUGCUCUGGCACUGUUGCAUGAAAAGUCAUUUUAGUAUGGUUUUACUGGGUGCCAAACGCUACCCCCACCAGUAAGUUGUCAAACCAUUCUAAAAUGACAUUACAUAUGGUGGGACAGCACCGAGUAGUGGUUAUGGUGCUUGGAGUAUUUGCUUAACUGGUAAAUCUCCAUAUACAAAUUGGAAAUAGAAGGAAAGUAUAAGGGGCAUAUCGUAGCAACUACUUAGUGGAAUCCAGGAUCUCGUAGAAUAAUAAAACAUCCACAUAUAAACAAGUUGUUUGUUUUUAAAUCUUUUUGAAAUUAUUAUUUUUAUUUUUUUAACAACUAAUGUGGUCAGUACAUUACUGUACCUGCUGAUACGCACUGGUAAAAUACAGUAGAAUGAUUUCGUAACGCCUUAGAAUCUGACUUUGCGUUGAUGAAACCAAUUAUUACCUAUUUAGACUGAGAUACAGUAAAAAGACUCCACUAUGGCCUGUUUAACAGCUUGGAGACUGUGUAUGCAAAUGAAGAUCAUACUGUCAGAUGUUUGUGUUUUUAUUAGAUAACAGUUCAUCAAAUGUGCCAUUAUACUCCACCCAGGCUGCAAUUUCUAUCAAAGAAGCCAAAGUUAAAGUGAAUGUUUGUUUUAAUGCAAACCACGCAGAGUGCAUAACAAUAUGCACUACAUUUACUGGCGGUUUGACAAGCACAUUGUAAAAAUGUAAUAAAUGGCUAUAUCACAGUAGUAUUUUUAAUAGCAGGUCAGUUAAUUCUUUUACAGGGGUUACUCAAUACUAUGUGAGUUGGUGGUAAAUCAAAUUAAAGCUAUUUUUCAGGAAGUAAGUAGGGAGGCUGUUUGAAUCCCAGCAAGGAGAGAUGUGGCUAGGCUGUGUAAACAAAGAGAUUUAACAUCUAAAUGGCAUACUAUUGAUCAUAGAGAUUUCAGGGCAAUGAUCUAAACACCAAAACUGCUUCAUUAAAUGAGCACUAUAUGGUCAGGAACACAAACAUGUUUUCCUGACCCUAAAGGGUUAAAACCCAUCCUGGCACCCGUUUGCCUCCCUAAAUAUAGUAAAUCUUACUAGUAUUUAAGCCUGAAGCUGCUGGCUUUGUCACAGUUUCCUUUUACCCUGCCUGCUGAUAUCAUCAGAAGUGGUAGCCUGAUCCAAUCACAAUGCUUCCCCAUAGGAUUGGAUGAGACUGACAAGGAGGCAGAUCAGGGGCAGAGCCAGCAUGAUUCAAUGAAGCUCUAUGGGGAAAGUUCAGUGUCUGCAUACAGAGGGUGGAGAUACUGAAUGUUUGGAUGCAUUUUAGGCAGCCAUGACCCAGGAAGGAUCUCCAACCGCCAUCUAAGGAGAGGCCAGUGUAGUUAUCACUGGGCUGUAAUGUAAACACUGCGUUUUCUCUGAAAAGACAGUGUUUACAGCAAAAGGCCUGAAGGGAAUGAUUCUACUCACCAGAACAAAUUCAAUAAGCUGUAGUUGUUCUGGUGAUUAUAGUGUCCCUUUAAAGGAACACUAUAGCAUUACAAAUAUGUAUUCCUAGCACUAUAGUGUCCCAUUUACUAUUUAGUACACACAUACACUUUUGGUGCUUAAGAGUGUCCCUUUUAAAAAAAAAAAAUCUUUAUUAAAUUGACCUGCUGCAGGAAUGUGUUUGUGUACUGUAAUUAAAAUAGCAUUAAGAUAUUGAGGUAUUUACAGCAGUAAAUGUGUGGAAUUGUUAGUUCCUGCAGAAUGAUUGAGCUUGUGCCAGGUACAAAGCCGAUUUCAGUGCUGAAAGGACAUUUUGCAACAUUUUCUGUGGCAGUUAUAGCAAACCAUGGCACUGCAGAUCUUUGAACUAUAUUAACCAUGAUGUUCUCUCAGACAACCUGCCCAAUGGCUUUCCUAACACAGUAAAAAUGCAGUUUAUUGUCCCCACAUGGUACUAAUGACCCCUUCCCUAGAUCAGCUAACCCAUCCCUCCUAAAACCACAAUUUUGCCACAACUCCCUAGAAGAAUGGUCCUUUUCUUUCACCAAACUCUACAUAUGCCUCCAAAGGUCUGAUCCACCACAAGCCCACCCCUCUUCAGGAAAAAGUUUAAAACCCACCGACUUCCUUUCAAUUUACAAUUGCACUUAUUUGCGUGAGGACAUCCAGCGUAAUGCUUUUCUAUGGGCGGGUUUAAAUGCGCAUUUGGCUCCACUCAGGAGCCGACAUCGAUAGAGGAGAAGAGGUCACCGGCGCUGGAUUAAGGUAAGCAAAUAAAUGGUUAAUUAACCAUUUAUUCACUGCGGAACGGUUUAGGCAACUAGCACUCUAUAGCCUUAGGAACACAUAUUUUGUAUUCCUAACGCUAUAGUGUUCCUUUAAAUUCAUUUAUAAAUAUAAAUAGUCCUAUUAUUGCACAUAUAUUAAGAAUUUAACAACGUGCUUUCUUUUUAAUCCAUGUAAAACUGAAACCCCUUUUAAUCGUUCUUUACAUUUGAUUCUCCUUAUCCCAUUGUUGGUUUCAGGACCUGCUGACAAGACACAAGUUGAUGGUAGCAGAAUUUCUAGAACAGAACUAUGACAGAGUAAGUAAAAAUUUUAUUCUUCUGUAAAUAACCUCCUCCCAUUGUAAUACUGUAAUACCGUAGAAUUUUAUGCUUUGAACAGGAGGUUCAAAAGUGUCCCUCUAUUUGUAACCAUUCAGGAUAUUUACUAUCAGUAACUGGCGAACCGAAGUUGAACAAUCCUGAUCAAUAUGGACACAGAUAGGAGAUAUGUUUUGUCAGAUAGUCAGUGUUUUGUUUUAAUAAACCACAUGUUUCUUUAAUAAAAAGAAACACAACAUAGCCUGAGAAUAAGAUGGGAUGUACUUUUUAAAGGAACCCUAUAGUGUUAGGAAUAGAAGCAUGUAUUCCUAACACUAUAGUGCUGGAGCAGAAUCUAACCAGAAUUCUCAGAAUAGAAUAAAAGGGUGUUUUACUUACCUUUUCUACAUUUUGCGCUUGUCUCGUCAAUCUUGAUGAUUUCAGCCAAUUUGGAAGCUAUGGCGCAUGCGCUGCAAAAUGCCACGCUGCGCCAAUUAGCAUCUCCUCAUAGAGAUGCAUUGAAUUAAUGCAUCUCUGUGGGGAGUGUUCAGCAUCUUUAUAUAGAAUGUGGGGAUACUGAAUGUAGGUGCUGCACACAUUGCAGCUGAGACCCAGGAAGCACCUCUAGUGGCUGUCUGAGUGACUGCACCUAGAGGUGUUACUAGGCAGCAAUGUAAACACUACCUUUUCUGUUUUCUCUGAAAAGGCAGUGUUUACAUUGCUGAGCAUGCAGGGACAGACAAUAAACACCAGAACCACUGCAUUAAGCUGUAGUGAUUUUGGUGACUAUAGUGUCCCUUUAAAGAUAAAUGUUCUUUCUUGUAUACUGGAGCAGCUAUGCUUCACACUGAAGCCUGUAGGCUGCCUGCUUCACCAACAGCUAGUUAGUUAUUUUUACAUGUUCUCAAUAGUGGAGACCCUAGCUGCAUCCAUCCCAUAUAAUUAUACAUUACAUUUAGAAUUCAGCAUAGAACGUUACUGUACAACCGUUACUAUGCCCAAUGGCCACCGCAUAAUAGCUGGCCUUGUAAAUAAAGUGAGGGGAUUCCUCAAAGAUUCACCCCACUUUCUUAUUGGGCUGGCUGCAGCGUUUAAUUUUUUUAAAUAUCUGCAACUAUCACAUAUGUUUAAAAGAAAAAAAUAAAGAAAUGCCACUUUAAGGCGAUUAUUAAAUGUGACCAAAAUGAGUGAUCCGAAAAUCGGAAUUUCUUGGAAUGUUGUGGUGUCUUGUUUAAUGCUAGAGUGCAUUGUCAAAUUAUAGAAAUAUGCCAAAUAUAGUUACAGAACAUUCAUGAAAAUAGAUCAGACCUGGUUGUUGGAAUCCACAGAUUUCUAAAAAUGAUUUAUUUUGUGGUGUGCUAUUUAAAUGGGGAGUAUUGCGUUAUGAAUAGAGCUUCAGUUGAAGAAAGCCAUAGUGUUUUAUUUCUUUGCCCCAUUCACUAAGACAGGAAAGCUGGCAUUUAGCUGUAAUAAAAGAAUUCAGUUGUGCCCUCAGUGACAGGCAGUAUUGAGGUCUACAGAUCGCAAUAAGGUACACUGUUCUUAGCUUUUUGCACAACAGAUUGACAUGUCCAAAGGGUUUAUUAUUAGUAUGCAAACAAUAUGUUAACCAACAUAUUAUUAGCUAAAUGAUACUAAUAGAGCUGUGAUAUUUAUUGUAACACCCUUGAAAUAAUGGCAUAUUUGGAAGUAAGUUUGGACUACUUCAACAGCCUAAAUGGAUGGAUAAAUAACAAGAAGUUGAAGAAUUCAAAACAAUUGGAGUAAGUACAUGUUUUUAGUACAGAUCACCUUUGACCUUGUAUUUUAGCAAUUAAUAUAAUCAGUGUGACGGGGGACUUUUUCAGUCUCUACUCACCAGUUUCAUUGCAAAUACACUAAAAGUUUAAGAUGCUGAACUCUGGGAUAUGAUCACUGAAAAUGUUACUUGCAACCUGAUUUUGAUGAUCUACUAGCAAAGUUAAGGUCUCAAUCCCAGCAUAUCUUAAAACUCGUAGACUCCUUUUGAGGAACCUCAAAGCUAAUCAGGAUAUUUUAAAUCCAUCACGUGGUUAUGUCCCUCUAACCUUUUUACUGUUCAUUAAGUCUCUUCCUUUUUAGAAAAUCAAUGAACUAAUAAUGUGACUUUUACCUUCUUAGAUAUUUGAUGACUAUGAAAAACUUUUGCACUCUGAAAAUUACGUGACAAAGAGACAGUCACUAAAGGUAGACACUUCAUUUCACCCAAUAUGUGCAUUUUUCUAAAUGUUUUAGUGGAGAAAGAUCACAUACCGUUUCAUAUUCGCUUAUAAUCCAGUGAACAAUUUUUAAAAUUGUGUGUGUGUGUGUGUGUGUGUGUGUGCGUGCGCGCUUUGAUGGAGUAUGUGCCGGGUGCUAGUAAUCCAGGGAAGAAAAAUGUAGAUCUCGGGUAGUGGUCAGCAUCCAUGGACUUAGAGUUAAAAAUUCGAAGUUUAUUAAAUUUCCAUUAAAAUACGAUCAACGUUUCAGUCUCCACUGGGACUUUCAUCAGGAUCACGUGUGUGUGUGUGUAUAUAUAUAUAUAUAUAUAUAUAUAUAUAUAUAUAUAUAUAUAUAUAUAUUCCAAGCAUCUCUACCCAGAACAUUCAUGCAGAGCGUGGCUACGCUGAACGUAGGUACUGCAAACUGGACAGCACUGGACUAGGAAGCAUCUCUAGUGGCUGUUACUAGGUGUUCUCUGAAAAGGCUGUGUUUGUAUUGAAAACCCAGCAGGGACAGGCAAUAGACACUAGAACCACUACAUUAAGUUCUAGUGGUUCUGGUGACUAGAGUCCCAUUAAGAAUUGUAGUUUUGUCAUUGAAAAUAAAGCUUUGUUAGUUUGAAAUAAACCUGGCUCCUAACAUUUGGGAAAUCUUCUUUUUAUCCUACCCGCUGAUUUGGGCUGUAUUGAAAAGAGACGGUUUGACUACUUUGUAUCAGCAUAUCUUAACAAAGUUUCCAAGUGAAAUGCAAUAUGUAGAUUUAGGUGCUACAUUUGGUUCGGUGUUGAUCAUGUGUGGAGCAGAUUUAUUAUUAAGCUGCCCGUUGCAUUGUGAAUAUGAGCAUCUAUACUUAUUUUACCCCAUGAAUUGUGUACCCUUCAGAGCUCUAACACACCCUCCUUUCUUAGCUGCUAGGUGAAUUGAUCCUGGAUCGACACAACUUUUCCAUCAUGACAAAGUACAUAAGCAAACCAGAAAAUCUGAAGCUCAUGAUGAACCUUCUUCGAGAUAAGAGCCCCAACAUACAGUUUGAAGCAUUCCACGUGUUUAAGGUAAGUUGGAGAGCUCUUGCACUCACAGACGUGCUUUUUUGUGCACAAUAUUUUGAAGUAUGUUUUUAUUAGACGUGUGAUGAGACAUGUGACAAAUACCAAAGUAACCCACUAUUCACUACAGGUCGUUCAUUUAGUGUGUUUCUUAUCCUUUCAUGGUCUCUUGUUUACUUUCUCUUAUACUGUUCGUCCUGUUCAUCAUGUGUUCUCUUUUAACCCUUUGUGUCUUUUCCUCUACCUCUUGGGAUGUCCCUUUCUCUGUUGUGGAAUCUUGUUUACCUUUUGUGUCCCAAUUAUUACCCUUCAAUGGACACAUCAAGCACUAGAACUAGCACUCCUUGAUGGUAUGGUUCUGGUGCAAGGUGGCUAUAACUAUCACAUCCUCCUCAUCAGUCCAAAAUAUUAGUACAGGCAAGCAAGAUUUGGUUAUGCUAAGAGGCACAAGAUUAACAUGAGUGAAAGGGAACCUGUAUCUUUGAAAAUAACAAUCAUGUCUGCUAACGUCUUCUGUCCUCUCGCCCAACUCAAUGCUUCUCAUAGAGGAUGCCAUGGGAGCAUUUGAUUGCAAGAUCAAGUUGGACUUUGUCGUGGAGGCGGGAGCAAUUCAAGUUACUGUCCGGAAAACAGACCCCGAUAGUGUAAUUAACCCUUUAAUGUAAAUCACUGCUGUUUCUACAAAACAGCAAUGUUUUACAUUGGUUAAAGUGGCAGAAAAAAAACAGAGGUUUUUCAAACUUAAUGAUGAAGCGGUGUGCCGAAGAGAAGCCAUGUCUUUUUUAAAUCAACUAGCUGCACACAAAGUGCUACGAUUGUGCGUAGAAUAUUUCUGAUGACGCAGAUAGUUUACCACUUACACAUGUUUAUUUGAAUGAUGCUUUAUAUACUAUUUUUUUUUUUCUAUUUCAUACUUUAUCUAAUCCUUUUAGACACUGUACAAUAAAUUUGUGGUUUGUGUCUCUGUCUACUGCAACAUCUGCCGAGUAGAGAAAUUAAUUAUACGCUUUUCUUUGUACUUUUAGGUAUUUGUAGCAAAUCCAAACAAAACACAGCCAAUUGUGGACAUCCUGUUAAAAAACCAGACCAAGUUAAUUGAGUUCCUGAGCACCUUCCAAAAGGAGAGAACGGAUGACGAACAAUUCUCAGACGAGAAGAACUACUUGAUCAAACAAAUACGAGACUUGAAAAAACCCACACCAUGA